AUGGGGGGUUCAUACCCAUCCGGCCCCACACAACGGACCGUACCACCACGAUGGGGGUUCAUACCCAUCCGGUCCCACACAACGGACCGUACCCGGCCGAUGGGGGGUUUAUACCCAUCAACCAAAGGAUCGGCUACGUCACAAGUAGUAUCUGGAGGUUCUACCACGUGUUCACCAAAGGGAUCGGCUACGUCAGAAGUAGUAUCUCAGAGGCACACGACCACCACAUCUCCCCAGAGGAUCAUCCGCCACAAGAUGGGACAUCCGAAAGGUAACCGGGCAAGAGGGUCAACUCCUUUACCCCCAGUCGAUCAUCCCGACAACGAAGGCCAGCAAUCGACUGGAUGGGUAAAGGGGGCAGCUGUAGACCCCAAAUCUUGCCGGGCUCCAAAUAAAGUCGAAGAUCCCCUAUUCGAAGACGGCCGAAGCCUAACAAGCCACUAG